CCGCUGCCACCAUGGGCAAGGAGAAGACGCACAUCAACAUCGUGGUCAUCGGGCACGUGGACUCGGGCAAAUCCACCACCACCGGGCACCUCAUCUACAAAUGCGGCGGCAUCGACAAAAGGACCAUAGAGAAAUUUGAGAAGGAGGCUGCCGAGAUGGGGAAGGGUUCCUUCAAAUACGCCUGGGUGCUGGACAAGCUGAAGGCCGAGCGCGAGCGUGGCAUCACCAUCGACAUCUCACUGUGGAAGUUUGAGACCACCAAGUACUACAUCACCAUCAUCGACGCCCCUGGCCACCGGGACUUCAUCAAGAACAUGAUCACCGGGACGUCCCAGGCUGACUGUGCGGUCCUCAUCGUGGCUGCUGGCGUAGGUGAAUUUGAAGCCGGCAUCUCCAAGAACGGGCAGACCCGUGAGCAUGCCCUGCUGGCCUACACCCUGGGGGUGAAGCAGCUCAUCGUGGGCAUCAACAAGAUGGAUUCCACCGAGCCUGCCUACAGCGAGAAGCGCUACGACGAGAUCGUCAAGGAGGUCAGCGCCUACAUCAAGAAGAUCGGCUACAACCCGGCCACAGUGCCCUUCGUGCCCAUCUCGGGCUGGCACGGAGACAACAUGCUGGAGCCCUCUCCCAAUAUGCCUUGGUUCAAAGGGUGGAAGGUGGAGCGUAAGGAAGGCAACGCCAGCGGCGUGUCCCUCCUGGAGGCCCUGGACACCAUCCUGCCACCCACCCGCCCCACAGACAAACCUCUGCGCCUGCCCCUCCAGGACGUCUACAAGAUUGGAGGCAUUGGCACCGUCCCUGUGGGCCGGGUGGAGACUGGCAUCCUGCGGCCCGGCAUGGUGGUCACCUUCGCGCCUGUGAACAUCACCACUGAGGUGAAGUCCGUCGAGAUGCACCACGAGGCCCUGAGCGAGGCCCUGCCUGGCGACAACGUUGGCUUCAACGUGAAGAACGUCUCGGUGAAAGACAUCCGCCGCGGCAACGUCUGCGGCGACAGCAAGUCGGACCCGCCGCAGGAGGCGGCACAGUUCACGUCCCAGGUCAUCAUCCUGAACCACCCCGGCCAGAUCAGCGCCGGCUACUCGCCCGUCAUCGACUGCCACACCGCACACAUCGCCUGCAAGUUCGCUGAGCUGAAGGAGAAGAUCGACCGGCGCUCCGGCAAGAAGCUGGAGGACAACCCCAAGUCCCUGAAGUCGGGUGACGCAGCCAUCGUGGAGAUGAUCCCUGGCAAGCCGAUGUGUGUGGAGAGCUUCUCCCAAUACCCUCCCCUUGGUAAGCUCCUUGCUUGGGAAUCCACUGCAGGCCGGGACGGGGCGCUCCUCAUCGCCGGCUCCGAGAGCACCAAGCGGGGCAGCAUCCUCAGCAAGCCGCGCUCCGGCGUCUCGGGCGGCGGCAAGCCCCCCAAGAGGAAUGCUUUCUACCGCAAGCUGCAAAAUUUCCUCUACAACGUGCUCGAGAGACCGCGGGGCUGGGCGUUCAUCUACCACGCAUAUGU